CGAAAGUUCGACCAUUUCCCAAUCACGAUCUGUGCAUAAAUAUUUGGACAGAGCCGGCGCUCGGCUCAUUUGUUCCCAUGGAGUUCUUUGCGACGGGCGCCUUUCAGCAGCUCUACAGCGAGCUGGAUGAGCCGGCCAUGCUUGGAGUCGAUUGCUUCGAUCAGGCGCUGUGCCAGCAGCAACCUCAAUUGGACUGCUGCUAUGCGGAUGUGAAUUUCGGCAAUGGUUAUGAGCCAGGAGGAGGCGGAGGAGGCGGCAUGGAUUACUAUGGCAUCAUUACACUCGACGGCAACAACAACAACAGCAACAAUUGCAACAGCAGCUGCAACAGCAGCGAGGACCAGGAGCUGCUCUUCGACUUUGGCGACGCAGAGCCCCACGUUGGCUCAGCAUCAGCGCCGCCGGAGCUGAGCGAAUGGGAGCAGCGGCUGCUAGAUCACUUUGUGGAAAUACCCGAGCUCAUCGACAUACUGCCCGAGCGCACGCCGCUCUGCACGGACAUGUGCGAUGACUUCCUGCAGGAGAGCAACAACAAUCUGCGCCUCGCGGCGCCCAUCUCUCCAGCAGCAGCGACAACAGCAGCCUCCGCCUCCGCCGUAGCAGCAGCAAUGCCACUGCAGCUCAGCCACAAUGCUGCCGGGGAGAAGGGUUACCUGUGCACCUUUGGCAGCUGCGAGAAACUGUACGCCAAGCCCGCCCACCUCAAGGCCCAUUUGCGCCGGCAUCUGGGCGAGAAGCCGUACGCCUGCAAUUGGCCGGACUGCAGCUGGCGCUUCUCCCGCUCCGAUGAGCUCGCCCGCCAUCGUCGCUCCCACUCGGGCGUGAAGCCCUACAAGUGCGACUACUGCGCCAAGUGCUUCGCCCGCUCCGAUCACCUGACCAAGCAUCGCAAGGUCCACGAGCGCCGACUCCUGGCCGCCACGCGCUCCGGCAAGCUGCUGCCCAACGGCCCGCUGCCCCAGAGCGUUUACGCCGUGCGACCCGGCCGCAAGCGCAAGAAUCAGCUGUGAC